GGGCUCGGACUGAGCAUUGUUGGUGGUUCGGAUACUGUACUCGGUACGGUCGUUAUCCAUGAAGUUUAUCCAGAUGGUGCCGCAGCUGUUGAUGGCCGCCUAAAACCUGGUGACCAAGUGCUUGAGGUCAAUGGAGUGUCGUUACGAGGUGUAAGCCAUGAACAGGCCAUUUUACUGCUGCGAAGGACUCCAGCCAAGGUUCGCUUGCUGGUAUACCGCGAUGUAAAUCUGCAGUUGUCGCUGUUGGAUCCAACACAGAUUUACAACAUCUUCGAAAUGGAGCUCACCAAAAAGCCUGGUCGAGGGUUAGGUUUGAGUAUUGUUGGGCGAAAGAAUGAGCCUGGUGUUUAUGUUUCCGAAGUGGUCCGAGGUGGUGCUGCUGAAGCUGAUGGACGCCUAAUGCAAGGCGAUCAGAUUUUGGCAGUUAAUGGGCAAGACGUGACGAGCUCAAUGCAAGAAGAUGUGGCUGCGAAGUUAAAGGUUUAA